AUGGCGAUGUACGUAACCUCUCUUUUCUUCCUCAUCCUUUGUUUCAUUGCUUCCUUCCAUCUUUUAUCAGCAUCACCUCAAACACGUCCUCCUACUAGUCUUCAUAUUAACCUCGUUCACACUGGUUUCAUGCAUGCUCAAGACCAAAACUAUAUCUCUCAUAUCCAGACAGCCUCCACCGAACGUCUAAAUUACUUGCGUGCUAAGGCAACCGGCAACUUCAUUGCACACAUCACCCCUCUACAGUCCCCACCAGCUUUCUUGGCAAACGUAUCCAUAGGUGUUCCACCAGUCACACAAAUGUUGCACAUGGACACCGCCAGCAGUCUCUUAUGGCUACAAUGCCGUCCAUGCUCCUCAUGCUAUCCCCAAAACUUUCCCAUCUACGACCCGUCAAGUUCUUUUACAUACCAACAUGAACCUUGCGAAACCUCUCUCUCCUCCUUCCCUUACUUAACCUUCGAUCCGGAAACAGGAGUUUGCAGCUACUCCAUCACAUAUAUGGACGGUUCACGUAGCAGCGGAACACUAGCGUCGGAAACCCUAACGUUUAACACGAUAUAUGAGUGGUCGAUAGCUACUUUACCUUAUGUGGUUUUCGGUUGUGGUAAUGAUAACGACGUAGGGCCUUACCAGUCGUCUCUGAGUGGAGUCCUAGGUCUAGGGUAUGGUAACUUGUCGUUGGUUCGUCGGUUCGGUUCAAAGUUUUCAUAUUGCUUCGACAGGUUAAGCAACCCUAGUUACCCCUAUAACGUACUAGUGAUAGGAGAUGAUGGUGCAGAGAUUAUGGGAGACAAAACGCCGUUGGAGAUCCAUAAUGGUUUAUACUACUUGACACUCGAAGGGAUUAGCGUGGAUGGGAAAAGUCUCCCCAUCGAUCCACAUGUCUUCCAACGCGAUUACAAGACCGGUGAUGGCGGCACAAUCAUCGACACGGGGUGCUCAAUAACAUCCCUGGUUAGGGUUGCGUAUGAUGCAUUGAUGAACGAGAUAGGAGUUUUUUUGGACAGAAGGUUCAAGCCCGUGGUGAACAACAAAAAUCCUAUGAAGUGUUACGUGGGAGAUUUUGAUCGAGAUCUUGUCAGAUUAGGGUUCCCUGUUGUAAAUUUUCACUUCUCUGGUGGAGCAGAGUUAUCUUUGGAUGUGAAGAGCUUGUUCAUGAAAGCUCAAACUGGUGCUGCUAGUUUCUGCUUGACCAUUAUGCCUAGCGUGGAUGAGGAUUUGAGCGUCAUCGGAGCAAUGAGUCAACAAGGUUAUAACGUUGGUUAUGAUCUUGAAGCUAAGGUGGUUUCUUUUGAUAGAAUCGAUUGUGGUAUUCUCUUUGAUAACUGA